CAUAAUGACACAAGGCGUGGGCACGGAAGAGAUAGCCAGCCAGGUUUCUGUGGUUGUAAUACUGCUAUUUUGUCUUGGAAAAUUAGAAGGCAGAUAAUUGUAUAUUAUGAAUAGAGUGGCUACAUAUUGGCGUAAAGGGAGGGUCAAUAUGUGUAGUUAGCUAGCCAAUGUUAGGGUCGCUGCUGUUCAGGAUUAGCUAGCGAGCUAAGCAGCAUAAGAAAAGCUGUAGCUUUUCAGACAGCACUCGGACGUACUUUAAUACUUCGAAUACAUUCGCUAGUUAGUGUAAAAGAUCACUCUGUGAAGGGUAGGCGUCAUGGAGAUCAGAAACUGACAAGCUGCUCACAACUAAACUAAUCCACCCCGUAAUCCAUCCAAUACUAUCCGGUUACGCAGCACUCCCGGCCCACGAGGACAACAUGGAAGCAGACAGCAGACCAUGUUCCGUGGACGCCAACCGCAACGCCGACCCAAGCCGCCAGUCCCAGCGGAGCACUGGGAAACUUUCCGAGUCAUCAUUCCGAAGCCGUAAACGGGACAAAUGCCGCAGGGACCAGGAUGAGAAAAGCUGUGCCAGUGACCGGGCCAGGACGAGGACUCGGCCCCCAGGUCCAGACCAGGACCGGAGGGCAGAAGGAGAGCACCGGAGAAGCAGCCAAUCUUUUUACUCUGAGGACUAUGAGAAUAUGUCGCCAUCAGAGCGCACGCUCUCACCGUAUUCCCGCACGCCCUCGCCGGGGCCGCGCCGAGGAGUGCCCGCCAAGAGGGUCUCCAGCAGCCCCAUCUACAAACCAGGUGUCCGUCGAGUCCUGUCUCGGCCACAGAGGGGGGGUCUCCAGCAGCAGAGAUGGGGCUUACGCUCCCAAAGCAAAGACUCUGCUAUGGCCCCUCCCAAGGACCUGGACCUGGUAACCAAGCGCAUGCUGUCCGCCCGCCUGCUGAAGAUCAAUGAGCUACGCAACGCCCUGUCUGAGCUGCAGCUGCGCACCGACGAGCUGCAGAAAGAGAACCGGGUCCUGAGACAGCUCCAGCAGCGUCAGGAGAAGGCCCUGCAGCGCUACGACGACACGGAGAGCGAGAUCUCGCAGCUUCUCACCCGCCACUCCGGCGAGACGCAGGCCCUGCGGCAGCGUCUGCGGCGGGUGCAGGAGAGGGAGCGUGCUGCCGAGCGCAGUCUGAAGGAGGCGCAGGAGCAGCUCCAGAGGAGCCAGGCAGCCGUGGGGAGGCUGAGGAAGCUGGCGGAGCAGCAGGAGCUAGGACCCAGGGAGGAGCUGAGCCGCAGGCUGGAGCAGGAGAAGGCCAACACCCUGGAGAACGAACGCAAGAUCAAGGAUCUGGAGCGCAGCGUGGAGCUAAGCAGCAGUACCUACCAGAGGCAGCUGGCAGCAGAGAGGAGGAAGACCCUGAGCUCCCAGGAGGAGGUGAGGAGCCUGCAGGAGGAGCUGGAACGCCUCAGCAACAAGCUCAAGGAGAAGGAGAGGGAGCUGGACACCAUGAACAUCUAUGCUAACCGCAUGCUGAAGCCUUCGCCCAGGAAGGACCCUGACAACAGCACCAGGAAGAAAGCUCCCCACAGAACCAGCACAAAGGCAGUUCAGACAGAAGACAGGAAGCUGAGUUUGGAUUUCCCCUCCCCACCCCCCGCCAUCACCGACUGCAACGAGUACAGCGAACAGGCACCUGACGACUACCUUUCUCUCAAGGAACUUGAUGAGACAGACAGGAGACCCCCGGUGACACAGGAGAAGAAGAAGAAAGAGGAGCGAGACCAGCAGAGGAAGAGAUCCAAGGAAAAUGAGAAGGAGGAACUGAAGAGUGAUAGGAAGGAGAACUUGCAGGAUGAAAAGGCCAGACGACUGAGAGAAGGCUGGGAGAAGGAGGAAGAAUACAGGAAGCAAAGGAACUUGAAAGAAGAAGAAAACAGGAGGCGUGGCCUGGUACAGGAAGAGGUUGAGAGGCGUGGCCUGGUACAGGAAGAGGUUGAGAGGCGGAACCAGGAGGCUAUAGCUCGUCAACAAGCGGCAGAGGAGGAGCGUCGCAGGAAGGAGCAGCUAUUGGCCAAGCUGCGUGAGAUUGACCAGCAGAACCAACCGCCCCCGCGCUUGUUCUCCGACACAGACCAUGAUGAGUCUUCCGGGUCCGUGGUGCGUUCCCCACCCCGGUACUCAGAGCCACGGAACCAGAACCAAUCCAUCUUUAGCUUUACAGAGCCAGAAGAGAUGGGGGGUCUCCAUGGGGGUGGGAGCAAGGAGGGUGGGAAACCAAGAGGAGGAGGAGAGGGGGAGGGGGGAAUAUUGACCGGGGUGGGGAGGAGAGGGCUGAGGGCUCAAACAUCCACAGACGACUUGGCUUUUGGCAGCUACGCCCCCUCCUUUGGUCGCCCCGCCCCUCGAGGCCCCCCUCCUCCUCCCAAAGAGGAGAAGGACGCCCACCUGGGAGGGGCGGAGAUUAGCUUUGGGGGAUCCGAGAAAGAGAGGGAAAAGGAGAAAGAGGAGGUAUGGGGUACGGGACGGAAGUCCAGCCUGAUGCAACAGCUGUUUGGACCGCCAUCAUCGUCCCAUCCCUUGGCCCCGCCAACGUCCUCCAGUAAGAUGGAUGUCCUCAACAGUACCCCCAACUCCACCUCUGGACGUAGCAAGAAGGACGGGCUGUUCCUCUUUGACCCUGAGUCCCGCCCCGCUGCGCCCCCACCCCCCCUACUUAGUAGCCUGCACGUUGCUGAGAGCCGGCCCACCGUCCGAGCCAUACCCUCGUUUGACGACGACAUAGAGGAACUCACCCUCUGAUUGGCUCUUGAGAACUAUGCUUUUAAAUUGACUAGUUGAAGAGAAGGUGUCUUCUUGUCUCCACUUGCUCCUCAUGAUGUCCACAGAAGAAGCACUUCACUGAAUCACUUUAAUUGUCAUUGCAGAUAAAUCCUGUUCUAUUGACAAGCUGAUCUUCCUGAUCCAUUCCUCCUUUCACCAUAUUAUCUAAACAUUCCACCAGCACUGUGUCUUAUCGAGGGAAAUAAAACAGAUUUCCAUAUUCCUUCCUUUAGUUGUAUAAACUGCACUGAUCCUAUGGUACUUCCUUCAGCAACUGAGUGGUAUCCAUGGAGACAAUGACCACUGUUGCUUUGUAGACUGUCACAAUAUGGUUUUAUAUAUACAGUAGGCCCUUAUCCUUCAAAUGACAAUGUUUUUGUGUACCAUGAGUUUCUAUGUUAAAAUCAAAUAUAGUCUCUUGAUAUUUUACACCUCAGUUGAUAUUUGGCAUUUACUCAGGUAAAAUGACUGAGGCAGAUGUUAGUUUUGUGCAUAUGAAAACUACAGCGAGGUCAAUUUAUAGGAUUUGAGAUCACCUGUAUGCCCCCCAAAAUAUAUAUAUAUUUUUUAUAUAUAUAUUUUCAUGUUUAACUGUAAUUUGUUUGAAAUUUGAAAUAGCUAUUGUCUAAGAUAGCUAGUAUGUGAAUGUAUGUUAUUUUAGUCCUAUAUUCCAUUGCAGUCUACAGUUGGGUGCAUAGUAACAAUCCCUCCAAAUGUUAUUUAUUUUAAUACAUUUUAGAUGGCUACAAUAAUGUAUACUUAGUCAUUAUGUAAGUCUCUGUUUUUUUGCGUUGUGGUUUUGAAUUAAGAGUUUUGAGUAGUAUUAGGAGAGUGUUAAAUAGCAUUUAUACUUUGUUUCAUUCAUGUGAUGUUUUAUUGGAGUAUAAAAAUGGAACAUGGUGGAAAGUUCUUACUGUGACUGUGUGUUGCCAAAAGGCAAACUGAAUCCGAGACUUUUAAAAGACCCUGAGCUUGGCCGUUUUUCUGGAAACAAGGUAGGCUACACCAUGCCUAACACUUUAAAAUGGUUAAAUCCAUAUGCUCUUGUUUUAGGCCUGUGUAUUACCAGUGUCAAUAUUUUUUCUCAUGAAAAUCAUGUUGUAGGCCUGACUUAGGUUUAAUAUUAUAUUUACAUUUAGUCAUUUAGUCAUUUUAUCAUUAUAUAAUAUAUAUAUAUAUAUAUAUAUUUAGUCAUUAUAUAGCCUACUUUUUAUAUGAAAUAUUCAGGAUAGGUUUGGACCAAUGUUUAAUGAAUGUUUCUGAAUGUUUCUGUGAAUCUGGUCACUGGAGUUAACAGAGUUAACAGAAUAUCCCUACAUUUCUUACACCAGUGUCAUAAUACACUUAACCCCUGUGUAGGUCUACUACAGACCGUUAGUGAAACAACAACGUCAUCUGCUGCUCCUUGCUGCGCGCUGAUUCUGAGAUGUUUAGGGAUAGGCCUACACCCGUUAAAAAUGCCUUGAUUAUCAUAAACAACCACCGUGUAGGAGCUGACCCAAAACAAACCUCACUAAUUAGGCUAACGUGUCUGCGAUAUUUGUAAUGUUUCGAUAUUCAUUGCAUAGCCUAAUAUUUACUAUACCAGACCAUUAUAACAAUUUCUGUUUAUUUAUAAAGUUGUAUUAUUUUUAUAGAAUAAACCUAAUAAUAAAAAAGGUUAUCGGUGCCAAUAGGCCCCUAGGCUACUGUUGGCUACGAUUCUUGAGGGCUGGGACACAUUUGACAUUGUAUUCUUGUCUCCAGCUUAGUUUCGGUAUCAUUAUUCCU